AUGGACGGGUUCCGGGUUCGACUCAACUGCAUCGACCACUACCAGGCCACACCAACACGAUAUGACCCUCACUUGCGUCGGGAUGAUUACCGCUCGGAGCCUAACAAGCAACCCAAAGUGCCCGUCAUUCGCGUGUUUGGGUCGACCGAGACCGGCCAGAAGGUGUGCGCUCAUGUCCACGGCGCAUUCCCAUACCUCUAUAUCGAAUACCGAGGACCCUUAGACAAACCAACGGUAUCCGAAUACAUCUACGCGCUGCACUUGUCCAUUGACCGCGCCCUGGCCAUCAAUUACCGCAGAGACCAGCGUCGAGAGCCCCAGAGAUUUGUUGCCCGCGUGACCCUUGUCAAAGGGGUCCCAUUUUACGGCUUCCAUGUUGGAUAUCGCUAUUAUCUCAAGAUCUACAUGCUUAACCCGGUUGUCAUGACGAGGUUGGCCGAUUUGCUGUUGCAGGGGCUCGUCAUGGGCCAAAAGUUCCAACCCUACGAGGCACAUUUGCAGUAUCUGCUUCAGUUCAUGGCCGACUACAACUUAUACGGUUGUGACUAUCUCGACGCCGAAGAUGUUAGGUUUCGCGGCCCUAUUCCAGACCCUGCCGGCCCCGAUGACCCUCCACGCAUAUGGGAUAGCAACACCAUCUUGCCUGAGGCAAUCACUAAUGAGAUGAGUCUCCCCCGGGCCAGCCACUGUUCCAUAGAAGUGGACAUCUGCGUUCAGAAUAUCUCGAACCGCAAAGCCGUCAAGGAGCGCCAGUUACAUCACGAUUUUAUUGAACGAGAGCACCCCAUCCCCUCGGACUUGAAGUUGGUACACAGCAUGGCCGGUUUGUGGAAGGAUGAGACCAAGCGCAGGGAAAAGCAGAUGGCGAAGCUGAAGCCGAAGCCUGGAGGCAACCCGUUUCCUCAAGGAGCACUCGUUACCAUGUCUGCGGACCCGCGCCAUUCGCAGCCGCCGCCGUGGAUCCACGAGGAGGAAUACCGAGAAGUUCAGCAGUUGAUUGAGCAGGAGAACAAGCAGGAGAGGACAGGCUUGACCUUUUCCAAUUACAUCAAACCGGACCCGGACGGAGACGGAGUGCAGACCGUCAUCCAAUCUGUCGAGGACUUGUUCCCGGAGAACUUAUUACCUGCUCUGGGGCUCGAGCAAAAGUUGCUGCAAGGGCACACCGGCAUAGCCAGCAGCAUCCAGGUAGACGAAAAAAGGCUUCUUGAGCUAGAUGUUCCCGAGCAAGAAGGUCAACUCCUUCUCGAUGAUUCAGACGAAGAUCGCAGCAAGAAGGAACAUGAAAGCCGGCUUGAUCGGAAGUUUGAGGAAAAGAAAAGCCCUUUCGGCAUUGCCGUACCUUCUGCGUCUAAUAAAAAACCAGAACCGUUCCCCGGCGGUUUACAACAACAAUCGCACAGGCUCAUCGCGGAACUAAAGCGGGAAAUCAAGGGUCUCGACGGCGGUUUUGGUGUCAGUGGGCUUCGCUCUGGCAAGCGUCCAUCCAUCCCGCUGCCGAGGGAACUCCUUCUCGAGGCAACCACCCUUGAAUUAACAUCCAGGGAUGCUGGCGGCCAAAGGGCCGCUUCCGAGACAACGGGAUCAGGCGUUCUCAAGCGCCUCCCUUCAGAUCUGGAAAACGACGCUUCGGCGAAGCGGCUGAGGUGCCAUGAUCACCGCGAGGGCUCUCAUCAAAUUUCGGCUGAGGCUCCCCCACCCGGGCUGAUUGUGGUGGCCGAGAAACCAGUGCCCAUUUCGGCUAAAACGCCAGCACCAUCAUCUCAGCCACACAAGACCACUAGCAAAGGAAGCUCCCAGAAAUCACAAGGGAAUCAGACCCUCAACUUCCCGGUUGUUAAAGAUCCCCAUGAUCCUGAUACAAUAUUGAAACUCAGUCAGCGAAGCGCCUCGCAGCGGACUGACGAAUCCACAUUCAGUGGCUCGGCAAGAAAGCAAGUUUCGUUUGACCCUCUCGUGUCCAUCCAUGAAGCCAAGUCGAGCUCUACUACAUCAACAUUCCGGACACCGGUGACAUCGUCACCGUCCAAGACUCUGAGCACCCCUCCACGCCCGAAUAUCCAUUGGAGUGGGAAAACCACCAUGUUCCUAGUCAACAGCAGGCCGCCGUCUGUGGCGGAGGUAUGCUCCACAAUGCAGUCAUACGGGUUGCCGGAUGUCAUCUAUCAGGAUGCGUUUUACAGCAAGGAUGACGAUGUGCCGCCGAGGCCAAGAGAAUACGCUGGAAGGGAAUACCGGUUGGACGGUAACACUCUCCCCUACCUGCCCGAUUUCGAUCCAACGGGCCAGUCCCCGGCUACGUUCGGGGUAAAACCGGAUCUAGCACCCGACCUCGCCGAGAUGGAGUUGCGCUACGAGAAGCAGCAAAGCCUAUGUACCCUACGGAGCUGGGAGAUUGCCGAGCCACCUCCAACGUUCGCCGAAGUGAGCGGGUGGUGGGAGGAGAAGGAGAAAUGCAAGACUCAGAGGGUUCGUCCUGGUCGGCCGCCCCUGUCUACCCAAACCCAAAAGCCAGAGUUGUCGCAGAUUAUCGGGCCAACCCCGAAAAACACCCACGGCUUCAAGUACUCGCAGAAGCAAAAGUCAACCAGCGUCCAGCACGAGGCGCAGUACAUGAGCACCAUGAGCCUCGAGAUACACGUCAACAGCAGGGGGAAACUAGUCCCGAAUCCCGAGGAAGACGAAGUCCAGUGCAUCUUUUGGUGCCUGAGAUCCGACGAACAGUGCCUGUUCGGCAGCCAAUCUGACGACAACACCAUAACCGGGAUUGUCGUGCUUUCGGGUGACGGCCUCCUGGCCAAGCAGGUCCGCAACCAAACCUCUUGCCAGGUUGAUGAAGAGGCGUCCGAACUGGACCUCCUGGUCAAGAUGGUGGAGAUUGUGCGGGCGCAUGACCCGGAUAUCCUCACCGGAUACGAAGUCCACGGGAGCUCUUGGGGCUACUUGGUUGAGCGGGCCAUGCACAAGUAUGAGUUUGAUCUGUGCAACGAGUUCUCGCGCAUGAAGUCGGAGUCGUUCGGCAAGUUUGGCAAGAACGCUGACGCUUGGGGGUCCAAGACAACAUCCAACCUCCAUGUGACGGGCAGACAUAUCAUCAACGUUUGGAGAGCCAUGCGAGGCGAGCUCAACCUUCUGCAAUACAGCAUGGAGAACGUUGUUUGGCAUCUUUUGCAUCGUCGAAUUCCGCAUUAUUCGUGGCAGACCUUGACGGACUGGUAUUUGAGUGGACGUCCGAGAGAUCUAAGCAAAGUUCUCCGUUACUAUCUCAGGAGGACUCGCCUGGACAUUGAAAUAAUAGAGGCCAACGAGCUGAUUCCACGGACAAGCGAGCAAGCGAGGCUUCUCGGUGUGGAUUUCUUUUCCGUGUUCUCGAGGGGUUCGCAGUUCAAAGUCGAGUCCAUCAUGUUCCGGAUCGCCAAACCGGAGAACUUCCUUCUCGUUUCGCCCAACAGGAAGCAAGUCGGCUCCCAGAAUGCUCUGGAGUGCUUGCCUCUGGUCAUGGAACCGCAGAGUGCUUUUUACCCAAGCCCCCUCCUGGUCCUGGAUUUCCAGAGUCUGUACCCCAGCGUCAUGAUUGCGUACAAUUAUUGCUACUCAACGUGCCUCGGCCGUGUUGUUAGUUGGCGUGGCACCAACAAGAUGGGGUUCACCGAGUACAGGAGAAGAGAAGGUCUCCUGCGGCUGCUGAAAGACCACAUCAACAUCGCCCCGAACGGCAUGAUGUACACCAAGCCCGAGAUCCGGAAGUCGCUCCUCGCCAAGAUGCUUACCGAGAUUCUCGAGACUCGUGUGAUGGUCAAGAGCGGCAUGAAGGAGGACAAAGACGACAAGACCCUGCAAAAGCUUCUCCACAACAGACAACUUGCGCUGAAGCUCCUUGCGAAUGUCACCUACGGGUACACGUCGGCCUCCUUCUCCGGCAGGAUGCCUUGCUCUGAGAUUGCCGAUAGCAUCGUGCAGACGAGCCGCGAGACGCUGGAGCGGGCUAUUGCCUACAUCCACUCGGUCGAGCGAUGGGGUGCCGAGGUGGUCUACGGCGAUACCGACAGUUUGUUUGUCUAUCUCAAGGGGCGGACGCGUGAGCAGGCCUUCGACAUUGGCGCCGAGAUGGCCAAGGAGAUCACCGACUUGAACCCGCGGCCGGUGAAGCUCAAGUUUGAGAAAGUCUAUCACCCGUGCGUGCUGCUCGCAAAGAAGCGGUACGUCGGCUACAAGUACGAAAGCCGGGAUCAGACGGUGCCCGAGUUCGACGCGAAGGGUAUCGAGACGGUCCGCCGCGAUGGCACCCCGGCGGAGCAGAAGAUCGAGGAGAAGGCGCUCAAGAUCCUAUUUGAGACAGCUGACCUCAGCCAGGUCAAGGAGUAUUUCCAGUCUCAAUGCUCCAGGAUCAUGCGUGGCGCCGUCUCCAUCCAAGACUUCCUAUUUGCAAAAGAAAUCAAGCUCGGGUCCUACAGCGGCAAAGGUCCCGGCCCGCCCGGCGCCCUGAUCAGCACGAGACGCAUGCUCGAAGACGCCCGCGCGGAGCCACAAUACGGUGAGCGGGUACCGUACGUGGUCGUAUCCGGGGCACCCGGGGCGCGGCUUAUCGACCGGUGCGUGGCGCCCGAAGACCUGCUCAACGACCCGCACGCGUCGCUUGACGCCGAAUACUACAUCUCCAAGAACCUCAUCCCGCCGCUCGAGCGCAUCUUCAACCUGGUCGGCGCCAACGUCCGGGCCUGGUACGACGAGAUGCCCAAGGUCCAACAAGUCCGCCGCUUGGAGAUGACCUCCGCCGCCGUCGCAACCGUCAUGCCCAACAACGGCAACAACAACAACGCCACCGCAAAAAAGACGCUCGAAUUCUUCCUCAACUCCACCUCCUGCCUAGUCUGCAACGUCAAGAUGUCCAAACCCACCACCACCGCCACCACCACCACCACCACCCCUUCACCCACCGCACCCCUCCCAAUCUGCACCCGCUGCGCCGCCACCCCUUCCACAACCAUACCCCUCCUACGCAGCCGGCUCAGCGCCGAGCAGCGGCGGUACGCGGACGUGGUGAAGGUGUGCCAGAGCUGUGCGGGGUUUGCGCCGCUGGAUGUUUCUGGCGCGGUGGCGGUGGUGAUGUCCCCUGUGAUAGCCGGGACUGUCUCGGUGUUUUAUACAAGGGUCAAGCAGCGUGCGAGGGUCGGAGUGGAGGGGGCGCUGUUGGAGCCGCUCUUGGGGAGGCUUGGGGGGAGGAGGGGAGGGGGGAUGGAGGGAGCGGCGGAGGGGUUGGAUUGGUGA